CCCUCUUGUUUCAAAAUGUUCGACAACGAUACAACAUUGGAUGACCCAAAAGUCUCUGAACGCUUCAAUGCAUCUGACUCCGAUAUUACGGCCAUUUCUUCCGACGGCAUCCUAUUCAAGGUCCACAGAAGGAACUUAGAGAUGCACUCCGAGGGCUUCAUCUCCCAGCGUGAUGAAAACGUGAUCACAGCAGCGGAAAAAGCAAGUGUCCUCGAGCUCCUCUUCCAAUACAUGUACCGCCAGCCCCAACCAAACCUGGCGAUGGUUCCAUUUUUCGAUCUAGCUCUGCUUGCUGAAGCCGUCGAGAAAUAUCACGUUUUCUCUGCCCAAGAAGUAUGCAAGGCUCACAUGAGAGCCAAUAUAUCAGCAGAGCCUAUCAUCGUGCUUUCGUAUGCUACGAGAUAUGGGUAUCAUGAUCUCUGUGACGAAGCUGCCCCUCGGACGGUGGGCAUGACGAACGAGAUCGCACUCAAAGUGCUCGGUACAAGGUCGUUUGCACGAUGGGCCCUCUACAAAGACGGCUGGAUGAAGGCCCUUCGAGACGCGCAGAGCCGAACGGGCAGGGUCCUGCACAAGGGAGGACGAGAAGCUUGCGAGGAAUGGUGGCCAUUCCAAGCAAAGAUCCUGUCCGCCCUUGGCUGUGACCCUGAGAAUCUCCAAGAAGUUACAGGCAUAUUCCGCAGGCACGUCAAGAUGCUGAAGGAAUGCAGCCACUGCCGGACAAGGGCCGAGCAGUGGCAGACCAGCAUGGAGGCAGCCGUAUUGCGUAUUCCGACAUUCACAGAGGCGCAGGCGUUGCUUACUAUUGGCAAUGCGCCUUGACCAGUUUAUGAUACUAUUUACCGAUCAGUGUUCCGUUUAUGUAUGGCCUCUUUCUAUACGACGUCUCUACGCUCUGCUGGGGUAUUGCAAUCGACUUGUAAUUUCGAG